CAUGAUAUCAAGUCAUUCAACACAUCACUCGAUGCACAUCCAGUGCCCGAAGACAUCACUUCCAGAGAUGACAACAAACACAGUGUCCGACAACUCAUACAAACAGAGGACACAAGAAGUGAAUCAAAUGUUUCAAAGAAGACAUUGAAUGGCAAUAAAGCGAAGACAAUAACAAAGAGAAGAUAUAAUAAACAAAAGACAAUAAGCGAUGAAUCGGAUGAUAAUUAUGACCACAAUUGGGAACAGACUUCAAGUGAUGAAGAAAUGAAUGACAAAAAUGAGAAGAAAAAGAGGAAAUACGUUAAGAAAAGCGAAAAAAGUGGGGAAAACCCGUCGACAACACCACCGAAGAGAAGAUAUAAUGAGAAGAGUAUUUUUUCGGCGAAUGGGAAGUACUUUCGGCCGAAAAAUUUUAUCUGCGAUUAUAUCGGAUGUGAGAAACAGUUCGCCGAAAACGAACAACUUUUGGCACACAUUCGGGUCAGACAUACAAUGGAGCGGCCGUUCGGGUGUGACGUCUGCCACAAGACGUAUCCCACGGAGCGGUGUCUUCGGGUUCACCAGAAAGUCCAUUCGGAGGGCUAUAAGCGCUUCCCGCGAACACCAAAGAAGAAAUAUAAUUACAUUCGAGGACAAGCUUUUAUCUGUCAUUACAGCGGAUGUGAGCGACGGUUUAGCGAACGGGAAUACCUUUUGGCACACAUUCGGGUCCGACAUACAAAGGAGAGGCCAUUCGGGUGUGACGUCUGUCACAAGACAUUCCCUACGGAGAGGUAUCUAAAGACUCACCAGCGGUUACAUACGGACACUGCGAAGCCAUUCGUGUGCUCAUGGGUUGGCUGUGACUCGGCUUUCCGUACGAAUCAGUUUCUUUCCAAUCACAUGCAAUCACAUCUACAGCUCCGGCAAUACGCGUGCGAUGAAUGUGACCAACGAUUUAAUCUCAAGAGGGGUCUUGAGGCUCACAAGAAUACAGUGCACUCGACUGCACGGCCAUACACUUGCGAUUGGCCCGCGUGUGAGGCCACGUAUAAGGACUUAAAUAUGCUUAAGCGUCACAAAGAGACACAUCUGGGAGUUAAAAAGUAUGUGUGCGAUAGUGAGGGUUGUGGUAAAGGUUGGCCCGCAUGUGACCGACGCUAUCCAUCCAAUAACCGACUCCAGGAUCACAUGAACUCACAUCAGGGCCUACGAGUGGUCGAGUGUCCGGUCGAGGGUUGCGAUAAGACAUUCACAUCCAAACCCUGUGCGCGACAACACUUAAGACAAGUCCACAAAUAUAAGACCACUGAAGGACUCAUUCCUAUCAAUAAUUAA